AUACCACAAGAGCUUUUAGACAUUCAAGAAAAAAUAAUCAAAUGUAAUGAAAAUGAAAUCUCAGUAAUUGACAGAAUGUCAGCAGGACUUUUUCUUUACCAACUUGUUGGUUUAUCAAAUAAAACACCACAUACAUUUAAUAAAGAUCAUUUAGAUAAAAUUUGGAAAUUAUUAAAUAUUAAUAAAGAUUUAGUUAAAGAUAAAGCCAUUUAUAUUGAAAUUUUAAAUGAUCAAUUGGGUAUAGCUGUAUCAAGUAGAUAUUUAUUACCAAGAGUAUCAAAUACAAUUAGAAAUGUAAUUGAAAAGGUUCAACAAUUGGAAGAUUCGGGCAGAUAUGAUAAGACAACUCUUUAUCAAAAACUUUCAGCAUUGACUUCAUUGGCCUAUAAGGCAUCUGCAUUAUUAGGAAUGUGGAAGGAAAUGGCCCAAUUAAGAAGCAAAAUGGCACCAGAAAUAUUUGAAAGAUUACAAGCUUUAAAAGAAAUAGAUAAAGAACAUGACUAUGAAUCUAUAUACAAAAUUGUUUCAAAUCAAGUACCAUUUUCAUCAUUCAUUAAUCCAAUUUCAAGCAUUGAUCAAGAGAGCGCUCCAAUGGACGAAAAGAAAUUUAAUUCAUUUAGAAUCUAUGAUUUUAAAUCGUUUGGUUUCAAAAAUCUACAAAUGAAAACUAAAGAUAUGGAAGAAUCAAAGUCACAAUCUGCAAUCGAAGAAUUUAAUUCAAAUAUAAAAAAUAUGGAAAAUCAUACAAAAGAUAGAAAUGGCUAUUUUGUUUCUCAAAUUAAAGACUCAUCAAUUUUAGUUUUAGGUAGAUCAAUUAAAUUAACUAUUCUUUUCGAUACAGAUUUUGAAAUGAUUCAUGGUGGUGUGUUAGAUGAUAGUUUUAGUCAAUGCCAACUUUAUGGAAGUUAUACAGAUUUAAAUGGAACAUUGGUCGAGUCACAAUACAACCUAAUUAUAGAUUUCCCAGUUGUCGAUGAAAAGCUUUCAUUUGCUCAAUUAAAAGGCACCCACAGAAAAGUAGAAACAACCACUAAAAAUGAAAAAACAAUUUACGAUAUGGAUGUUAUAAUGAAUGUAGAAAGAAGACAAUUAUUUUAUGAA